UCCAAGCAGCUCACACACUGUCAGGAGACACGACCACUGGCACUGCUGCAGAGGAAGUGCAUGACUGUGACUCUAAAGUCAAAAGUCACAGAGGGAGAGAACAGGAGUGAGAGAGAGCAACAGAGAGAGAUGAGCCGUGUCAGAGUCCAGUCUUUCUCUGGGACGGGAGUCUGACUGAGGGUACUGUUACAGAACUCAGUUCUUACUGCUUAAUGUCCAGCUGUGCAACUCCAUCUGGAGUCAUGAGUUCAAAAGGUACAAACUUCCACAACAAACGCCUGCCAUCAGAGACAGAGCAUGCACAGAGAGUCCCAGAGAGUCCCAGAGAGUCGACCCAGCAUAUGAGGCUGAGAGAGAGACAGCGCUUUUUUGAGGAGGUGUUUCAACAAGAUGUGGACGUCUACCUCUCAUCUGCGCACCUGCAGAUAGACUAUAUGAGACCUCCGUUAGGAAGCAUCUCUUCAAUGGAGGUGAACGUGGAUAUGCUAGAGCAGAUGGACCUAUUGGAUAUUUCUGAUCAGGAGGUUUUGGAUGUGUUCUUCAGUGCCAGCGGGGAGGAAGAUCUUGGGCACUAUAAUGUUGAAGAUGGUGGACUGCAGAGAGACGACAUGUCCUCAAGAAUUCCUGACCCUUGUGAGGUCAAAUCACGUAUGCUGUCCACUUCCUCCAACUCCACCUGUGACAGCCAGGCAUCCAAUGAUGACAGAUCAAAAACUCCCAUUGUUGAAUCAGAUGAUGAAGACAACCUAUUACGGACAGAGAUGCCAACAGCCAGUGAUCAGUCUGCCCUCUUAUAAUAAACUGCCUUCUCAUUUACUACUGACGGUUUGGGAAAUGUUAUUUGUUUAGCUUGAGACUGUUUCAGGCAUGGGUUGACUGGUUUUAGCCAUAUGUCAAUCUACCAAAGACCUUCAUGAACGCUUGUAAAAUUCUCCUCAUUUAAAGUCCUUAUUCUUUACACUUUGACAGACCUAGAUUUUUGUCCUGGUCACUUGCUUCUUAUAAACAUUUUACUGUAUUUUAUCACAUAUUUAGUAAUACCCACACACUCUCACAAAUAUACUCUCACAAAAACUGAUGGUGCUCAGUAGAGAGACUAAAUGUGUGAAACUACCGCUUUGAGUUAUAAAUGCUGUAACUGUUGCGUGUAUACUCUACAGAUGUCAGAAAUUCUUUCUUGUUGUGGUCUUGUCUUUCUUUAUUUAUUUUUUUUGUCAUAUGUCUUUCUGCUGUCCACAACAUCAUAUGCUUUGCUAUCAAAAUAAAGCCAAAUCCCAGCUGCAGAAUGUUGAAGUUUUAUCCAUU